AUGAUGGGUUCAAACCCAUUGUUUCCCAAAUGGAUUCUUCUUAUGACAAACUCCUUCACUGUUUUGCAAGUUGCAUCUUGUACAUUGGUUUACUUGCAACCAUUAAACGUGGUUUUUGAACGUAAAUUUGCAGAUCUUGGGAAGGGUCAACUUUCUGUUAGAAACUUUGUGCCUCAAUUGAUAUCAAGAUACUUAUCUGUAAUUAUUACGACAACUUUGGAUGCAAUGUUUCCGUUUUUUGGAGAUAUAAUGGCAUUGUUUGGAAGCAUUUGGAUGCAUACUUUGGAUUUCAUUUUGCCUAUGCUGUUUUAUAACUUGAUGUUUAAACCAUCCAAAUUAACAAGGGGUAGUUUUUUAGGCGAAUACUAUGAUUGGUGUUGCAUCACACAUGGCCAACAACCGGAGGUGGGAGAGUUCACCAGAGAAGAUGAAAUGACUCUCAUCCACCUCUCUAGUCCAAGAAAUUAUCAAGAUCGUUGUUGGGAUCAUUACAACCCUCAUGAAUCCAAUUUGACUUCUGAGCUUCAGGGUGGUUGGAGAAAGAGCCAAAUAUGACUGUUAGACCCCAAGUAUUUUUAUGAUCUUGAAGAAAAUGCAGAAAUUGGGCAAAAUGGGUACCAAAAAAGUUAAGCAAAGAAAGAACAACACAAGAAAGAAAAGGUAUUUUGGCAGCUUAUUAUGGAAAGCCUUUCAACUGUUUUUCUAAAAAGGAAGGAGACAAGAGAAACGUGUUCCCAUUGUAAAUGCUAAGCAGCUGUGA